GGAAGCGGAAGUGAGGGCGCCGCGGGGGUCUUGUCCAUUGCGAGCUCAGCCCGGCGUCAGUCGUUCCGCCUGCCGGUCACAUUGCUCCGCUCUCUGCCGCCGGUCUCUCUCUCGCCGUCCCCACCAUGGUGUCUCUAGAUUUUUUGGACGAUGUGCGGCGGAUGAACAAGCGGCAGCUCUAUUAUCAAGUCCUAAACUUUGGGAUGAUCGUCUCCUCGGCGCUGAUGAUCUGGAAGGGGUUAAUGGUCAUAACUGGAAGUGAAAGUCCAAUUGUAGUGGUGCUCAGCGGCAGCAUGGAACCUGCAUUUCACAGAGGAGACCUCCUCUUCCUCACAAAUCGAGUUGAAGAUCCCAUACGAGUGGGAGAAAUCGUUGUUUUUAGAAUAGAAGGAAGAGAGAUUCCUAUAGUUCACCGAGUCUUGAAGAUUCAUGAAAAGCAAAAUGGACAUAUCAAGUUUUUGACCAAAGGAGACAAUAACGCAGUGGAUGACCGAGGCCUCUAUAAGCAAGGACAACACUGGCUAGAGAAAAAAGACGUCGUGGGGAGAGCAAGGGGAUUUUAUCAGGAGAACAGAUGAGUGGAGGACAGGAAUUGUAAGUGAUCGGUAUGAGGAAGUGUGGGAUCCUAACUGCCUUCAUGUAUUAAUAGUGUUAACAAUAACUGACAUCCAUUAGCAUUUACCCUGUGCUAGCAGCUCAUUCAAAGUGCUUUAUAAGUAUUACUUCUUUUUAACUUCAAAACAACCCUAACAUUUCCAUUCUAUAGAUGAGGAAACACAGGCGAUUUAGGUUGCUUGUCUGAGGUCGCGCCAAUGGUAAGUGGCUGGCUGCCCCGGAGCCCGCUUCCUCAGCCGUCGCUCCCCUGUCGCAGGCUCAGCAGCUCCGGAACGGGGAGCUGCUGGUUCUCGCGCCUCAGAUGCCACACGGCACUCUUCCCGCGGGCCUAGAACGGACAAUGUGGACUCAGGUGAUUUCUCUCAUGGCACAUAAACUAAUAUCAUUUCAUGGCACAUAAACUAAUCACUAAAAGUCUGUGUCACAUGAAAAAACAGAUUUUUUGCCAAUCUGACAAAAGAAAAUAGGUAUACUUUUGAUUCAUUCACAUUGGAUAGCUCUUGUUGUGUUUAUUAUCAUUUUUUUAAAAUUUGACCUCUAAGGGAGAAGAGGUCAGUGCCCGACUGAAGAGUCAGGUAUUGCAUGUUUUAAACAUUUGUGCAGCCCACCAGCUGAAAAUCGCUGCUGUGGCGCGCAGGCCACCACACCAAGGAACUCGGUUCCCGUAGAGAAGAGUGUGCGAGUUACUAAGUGAAAGCGGCCACAGUGACUGCAUGAGAGAGGCUCAGUUUGGGGCCAGAGAGCUGAUGAGAAUGAGAGCCCUGUGCUUUGCCUCCCGCACACCUGGGGUCUUGCUGGGCGUGCUGCCAGUUCGGGAGAACUUCCUUUCCUGUGAUGGAGCCAGGCAUGCCUUUAUCACCCAAAUUAGACCAUCAGUGUUUCUGGGAAAUCUGUUUCCCCAUCUCUCUCAGCUCCCAGGAUGCUGCUAUUACGGUCAUUCAAACUCAUCAGCUUCUUGGAGUCCUUUUGUUUUUAAUUUUAACUGUACAGAUUAACUUAGAAACAUAAGGAAAUAACAGUCAUCAAAAAGCAAAGUCUUCUUCUGCUUCCCCUCCAUAAAUAUUUAACUUUUUGGUGUAUGCUGUGAUAGCCUUUAUGUAUAAUGAUGUGUUUGUUAAUGUAUAGAUGCGUGUUUACAUAAUAAACGUUUUGUGUAGAGGGAAAGAAUGGUCCCAAUUUAUAGCCUCUUCUUCGUCCUCCAAGGUUAUCAGUAUCUUUACAAAUCAAAAGAUUUAUCUCAAUAUCAUCAUUUUCAAAGCCGUAUGCUGUUUCACUGUAUGGACAGACCACAUUUUUAUUUAGACAGUCCCCUUUUGUUAGAUGCUUUGAUUGUUUUCUUUCUUUUUUUCUUUAUUUUUAGACAGACAGGGAGGGAGAAGGAGAAGGAGAGAAAUAGUGAUGUGAGAGAGAAACAUUGAUCAGUUGCCUCUCGUGCAUGCCCCAACCUGGGACCAAACCUGCAACCCAGGCCUGUGCCCCAAUGGGGAAUUGAACCAGCGACCUGUUACUUUGAGGGAUGAUGCCCAACCAACUGAGCCACACCAGUCGGAGCUGAUUGUUUUCAUUUUUUUUAAAUUAUGAACAGUGUUAGGAUGAACAUCGUUACAUAUAUUUCUGUUCUUUUGCCCAGUCAUUUCUUCCGUAGAUUCUUAGA